ACCGACGUCGCAUAUUCCUCUCUCCUCACUCUGCCACUCACACAAUUCACAUACCGUCAACUCUCGCAUCGCUCUUUAUAAAUAGUAAACACUUAUAAUUCUCUCAAAUCUGAGAUUGAUAAAUUAGAAAAACAAACAAACAAACAAACACAAAAAAAUCUCGGAGUCUUCUCUGGUUUUCUUUGGUUUGGUUUGGUUUGGUUUGGAUGGGGAAGGGAAUGGAGUGCUCUGAAAAUUCGCAAACGAAUAUGAAAGUGAUUCAUGGCGAAGCUGGUUACGUUCUCGAAGAUGUUCCUCACCUCACCGAUUUUCUUCCUGAUCUUCCUACUUUUCAAAAUCCAUUGCAAUUCAAUCCUGCUUAUUCAGUCGUUAAGCAGUAUUUUGUUAAUGUGGAUGAUACAGUUGCUCAGAAGAUUGUUGUUCACAAGGAUAGCCCAAGAGGGGUCCACUUUCGGCGUACAGGACCUCGCCAAAAGAUCUAUUUUGAUUCGGAUGAAGUUCAUGCCUGUAUUGUGACAUGCGGUGGUCUGUGCCCCGGGCUCAACACUGUGAUUAGGGAAAUUGUUUGUGGCCUUUAUCACAUGUAUGGUGUCAAUAAAAUCCUUGGGAUAGAUGGAGGAUACAGGGGUUUCUAUGCCAAAAAUACCGUUCCUUUAACACCCAAGAUUGUUGAUGAUAUCCAUAAACGUGGUGGUACCAUCCUUGGGACAUCGCGAGGAGGCCAUGAUACCUCAAAGAUAGUUGACAGCAUUCAGGAUCGUGGGAUUAAUCAGGUUUAUAUAAUUGGAGGAGAUGGAACUCAGAGAGGAGCAGCUGUCAUAUUUGAGGAAAUUAGACGGCGUGGCCUUAAAGUUGCAGUUGCUGGAAUUCCUAAAACCAUAGAUAACGACAUUCCGGUUAUCGACAAGUCCUUUGGUUUUGAUACUGCGGUUGAAGAAGCUCAACGAGCCAUUAAUGCUGCCCAUGUUGAAGCUGGAAGCUUUGAAAAUGGUCUUGGUGUUGUAAAAUUAAUGGGACGCUACAGUGGUUUCAUUGCUAUGUAUGCUACUCUUGCCAGCCGGGAUGUGGAUUGUUGUCUGAUCCCUGAGUCUCCCUUCCAUCUUGAAGGAAAAGGUGGACUUUUUGAAUAUAUUGAAAAACGACUCAAAGAGAAUGGGCAUAUGGUAAUUGUGAUAGCUGAGGGAGCAGGGCUGGAUCUUCUUUCAGAGAGCUUUCAAAAUACGGACUUGAAGGAUGCUUCGGGAAACAAGCUACUACCAGAUGUUGGGCUAUGGCUAUCUCAGAAGAUCAAGGAUUAUUUUUCAGGACAAGAGAAGAUGGUCAUUAAUCUUAAACAUAUAGAUCCUACUUACAUGAUCCGAGCAAUUCCAGGAAAUGCUUCCGACAAUGUCUACAGCACGCUUCUUUCUCACAGUGCAGUUCAUGGUGCAAUGGCUGGUUAUACAGGCUUCGUAGUUGGGCCAGUCAAUGGCAGACAUGCUAUGAUUCCUUUCAAUCGCAUCACUGAGAAGCAGAACAAGGUUGUGAUUACUGACAGGAUGUGGGCAAGAGUCCUUGCAUCAACCAACCAGCCAAGCUUUCUGAAUCCUAAAGAUUUCAUUGAAAAGGAAGAACCUCAAACUCAAACCCAGUUGGAGGAUGGAGGAAAUACUAAAGAUGACGAGUCAUUGACUAAAGAUAUCCCAGAGCAUGACAUAAAAAGAGCACUUGACAUCGUCUUUAUACCUGUGAUAAUCAGUGGCUACUCUUAUCAGUGCCUACCCCUCUUAGUUGCUAUGAAUCUGAAUAUGGCUAAAUUGUAGAAGAUUUAUUUUUAUUUUGUAGUCCCGUGGAGGUUGCUUGGGAAGGUUUCCCAAUGAAGUUAUAUAUGUUAUUUUUAUUUCAAAUUUUAUCGCCCCAUGGUAAUUUAGGUUGAGGUUCCAAUUUGCUUCCUUGAAGGGCGUGGAAGCAAAUUGAAGUGUCUGGCUUUUUCUUUUUUUCUUAAAUUGAAGUUUCUGGCAGUACAAUUGUCCUUACCCUUUGUAAAAUUAUAUGGUGCAAUAUGAUAUAUGUUUUUGCCUAA